GAUUGCUACGUGUGUAUUUAAUUUCGACGCUAUCGAUGAACUCUCAUCACUAGUGUUUUGUUUUUUUUGGGUCAGGAAACAAAUUUUGUUAUCAUGAGCUGGUUAAGCUCAUCGUCGCCUGCCCUUGGCUCUGACUCUCAGCUUUUCUACGACGCCUGUAACACAUCUACAAAGUGCUACCUGUCAGCGCCCCUUCACAUAUUUCAAAUAUACUUGGGACAAGGCACAUGCAGGUCGUUGGAAACAAUGGAACAAUAUUUAAGCAUGGAUCAAGAGGUAUUAGUAAUGAAUAAAAAGUCAUGGAGUUCAAUAAAAGAAAGUGUGGAUAGCCUUAUUGCAUCGCUACCGGUGCUGCUGGGUUUCGUGCUUUCUCGAAUGCUCUGCGCGCAUCUGCCGAGGCUGUCGACGCGCAGAUUCCUUCUGGAGUACAUGCUUGUUGCUAUACCAACUCUUGUUUUCUUCAUGGUAUGCAGAGAUUUCCUCCACUUGUACUCCAUAGCAGUUUGCCUGGGCCUCGUAUGGUAUCUGCGUCCACGGCCAGCAGUUGGGUUGAGGAACGCGAAGUAUGAGGUGGGAAAGCGCCCUCUGGUCUUCACCCUGCUAAGGGCCGUCUGCAACUGUGGAACGAGUGUUGCUAUCCUGGCGGUGGACUUUCCAGCCUUUCCAUUACGGUUUCGCAAGAGUCGAACUUUUGGGGCCUCAUUGAUGGACUUGGGCAUUGGCUUUUUUGUGGUCACAAUGGGCUUGGUGUCGCAUCGGGCCCGGAAUUAUGCCGACUUGAAGAAGCUGCCCAGGGCGGUGGUUCCUUUGCUGCUCCUGGGUCUGGCACGCACAAUCGUAAUAUCGCGGAUCAACUAUAGCCAGGAUGUGCACGAGUAUGGAAUGCAUAUGAACGCAUUCUUCAUCCUGGGACUAACCAAACUAUUUGGCACUCUCUCCAGUCUUCUGGCUAGCUCAGAUGUACAGCUGUUAGGACUGGCUAUGGGCAUUCUCUCUAUGCACGAACUAGUGAUGCAGUUGGGUCUAUGCGACUAUGUGAUGUCGGAUACGGUGACGCGACUUGACUUCCUCAGCUCCAACAGAGAAGGCCUGAGCUCCUUACCCGGCUGCGUUGCUCUCUACCUGUUCAGCAUUUACUUCUCCAAGUGGUACACUUCCCAGGAUCAUCUGCACUACAAGCAAUUGUGCUCAAAGCUGAAGCGAAUCCUCCUGAUUGCUGUUCUCCUCUGGGCUAUGGUAUUCCUCAGUGCCUUCCUCUCGGGCAUAGCUCGGGUCACGUUCAACUUUGGAUAUGUGAUUUGGGUUUUGGCUGUCUCCGUGGUAAUCAUCCUCAUCUCUGCCUUCUUCUUUGAGUUGGCUUUUGUGCAGACGCGUCCUACAUUUGGAGAUUGUCAUAAGGAAACGACCAAUUCCCUUCCCACCUUUGUGGAGAGCCUAAACAUGAAUGGCUUGAUCUACUUCCUGCUGUCCAACAUCCUCACGGGAAUGUGCAACAUAUUUUUCGACCCCAAUAACCGCUCCACUGUUGAGUGUGUAUUCAUCCUGCUCGCCUACAUGCUGAUCUGUUCUAUGAUGGUCUUUAUUAUGCUUAAGAAGCGUAUUAGGAUAGCUUAGAAGAUGGGCCCCCAGAUCUGUUAAUAAAAAUUAUUUUUCCAA